ACGUCUCAGCAAAAGCAGUUUCUGGCAGCAGUGAUGUCCACUCAAACUGUUUGCCCUCAGGAGCCAAAGGUGUUGAGAGCUCCCCGGCAGAGUCCCAGCUGUCUCUCUGGUAUGUACCAGAACAUGUUUCAGGGCGAAGCAACCCAGCUUGUGGAAAAGAAGAGAUGCCAACCGUUGCAUAGCAGCAACAGCGCCAGCCAGUUGACUUCCUAUCUGCACCAGAAAACUGAACAUAGAGUUCCUCAGAGCACCACAAGUUGUGACCCACAUCUCCGACCCAUCAUACGCCGUCGGGCCAGGUCCUUGCCCAGUUCUCCAGAGAGAAGGCGUAGCGGGGUGGCUCCCUGUCGUGUUCCGGGUUGCCACACUCGCAAGAACCAUGUUAGGUUUGCAGAUGCUUUGGGCCUGGAGCUGACAGAAGUGAAAGUUUUCCAAGCUGGGGAAGAUCCAUCUAUCCCACUUCAUGUUCUUUCUCGGCUAUCCAUUAAUUCAGAUCUCUGUUGCAGCAAGCUGGACCUGGAAUUCACCAUGCAGUGCCUGGUACCUGACUUCCAGCAGCCGGGAGAUUGUGAAGACUUCCUUAGCCGCCUGCAGCAGCAGCAGGUGUGUUUGGAACGAGUGUCCAGCUCAGAUCUGGGCCUGAAUGGCACAAUCAGAGUGAUCAAUUUAGCCUUUGAGAAACAGGUGACUGUGCGCUAUACUUUUAAUCACUGGAAGGGCCAACAUGAAAUAAAUGCUCAGUGGCACAGCAGUGUUGCUGGUCAGGAUGGUGAGACUCAAGUGGACAAUUUCACCUUCUUCCUUCCUAUGCCCCCAUUCCUUCUUCAGCUUAGCUCAGUAAUUGAGUUUGCAAUCUUAUACCGAGUCAACGGACAGGAAUACUGGGAUAACAAUCAGGACAAGAAUUACACCCUCACUUGUAGGAAUCAUCCGCUUAAGAUGCCCAGAGAAUGUGAAGAGAGCUGGAUUCAUUUCAUCUAAAAGCAAAACAAAGGGGUCUGCAUUCUUUUGACCUUCCCCCCCCCCCACGCUGAGGCACCAAAGAAACUCUUCGACAUGGCAAAGAUCCUUCAGAAUAAAAGAAUAACAAGUGAUCUGCACAAAAGCUAUUUUGAGAAGCUGUUGUUUUUCUGAAAAAGAUAAGGAUAAAGGGCCUUAAUUUGCAGUGAUUUGCACUAAAUUAACUUGAAAUGUUUGGGAAUCAUAGCCCAAAGAUGCAGUCAUUAGAAGGAAGCUAAUGUAUUUUAUUUCUUUGAUUAAUUCUUAUAAUGUUCUGAUUAUGCAGUAUUUUAAAGCAUACUGUACUUGAUGCUCUGUAGUUUUGCACUUCACUUUUUGCACUUUUUACAAAAUUGUCUUUGGUGGAACAUAAGCAUAUUUCUGUUAAUUUCUAGAACAAGAAAGUGUUACAUAUUUCUAAUGCACUGAUCAAAUGCUGCAGGGCUGGGGACGGCAAAAUUUAACUAUUUAAAUAAAAAUGAAAAUUUACACUGCAGUUUAUAAGGCUUAUAUGAUAGUGUUCUUAGCCAUUUGGCAUUAGUCCCUAAAUGUUCCUGUUUUAGAGCACUUUUUGUUAUUAGAAGAGAAAAUGCAGUUUGCUUUUUGGAGAAGUUUAUUUUUUAUGUUAUGUUAUUUUAUUUUAGCCUUCCAGGUCAAAGUAAGUUCAUGCCACUAUAGUUUAAUGAACUACAGUAUAGCCCAAUUACAGGGAUGUUUUGAGUUAAACUAUGUAGGCUGCAGCCAAUCUUAGAUUGUCUUACAUUCGUUUCUAAGCAAGAGUGGGAUACAAAUAUAAGAAGCAGACAUCAAAAAAAUCACUUAUUUUUUGUGCCAAGAAAACUUCAUGGAUGUAUGUAUAUACAGAGAGUCACAGGCAUUUUUUUUUUACAGUUAACAAAGAGUCAUACCGAAUCACACUUUUUUGAAUAUGAAAUUGUUUGAUUUGUUGACAACUUGAGUGCCAGGAUUUUCUUUGAGAAGAAAUGAGAAUGAUUCUUUGCAUAUAUAAUUAAUAUGGGUUAUAUUUUAUCAGCCUUGGGCAUUGCAGUAUAACUGCCUAGUUUCGGAACAAAACAGCAGUGACAUGUGUUAGGUUUCUAUAGAUCAUAUGAGAUGUUGGCACUUUUAAAAAAUAUUUACAAGGAGUAAAUGAUACCAAGCAUUACCAGCUCCUGGGGUACAGCUACAAGUGCAGUUAAGGAUUGAGUUCCAUGUUGUUUCUGUCACCAUUUGCAUGCAGACAUGUUUGGGAGAUUGAUGUCACUGCCAUGGAUUGAGAUGUCUGCAUAUGCCAUUAAGUCUGUAAGGAAUGCUUCUACUUAUUCUUCCAUCUUGGGAAAGAGCUCCUGAUAAUGUGAUAAAGUUAGCAAUGAGUGUGGUUUAUGUAUACUAAACUAAGAAUCAUUCUAAUAUAUGCAAGCAAUUGAUGAGAGAUGAACUUGUGAUUGUCAAUGGACUUGAAGAGUAUAGUCUUUUAAAAUCAGAGGUCUAGUUUACAUUCAUUAGUUCAGGAUGAAUCACCUUGUGCAGUGAACUGUGAUGGAAUAUAGUACAAGUCUUUCUGUUCUUAAUCUAUUCCCUGCCCUUUUUAUGGCAUGAUUUUGGAGUUCUGUAGCAAGCAGCCUUAGACCGAGUCCACCUAGCUUGGAUCAAUGUCUAAGAUGGGGUAGAUAAAGAUUGCAGCUCUAAUCCAUAUAUGACCUUCAAACUAAUUUCUUGCAAACCCCCAGACUAAUUUCAAAACUUACUGCAAGAGAUUGGUUCAAAAAGGACCAUCUUGCCUUUCCUGUUGGUUUACUACUUGAGAAAGAAGAACGAAGUAUCAGAAGGAAAACAUAUUUGAGAGGUUAAAGAACUAGAGUAGGGGUCUCCAAAUCUGGCAACUUGAAGACUUGUGGACCUCAACUCCCAGAAUUCCCCAGCCAGCAUGGCUGGUUGAGGAAUUCUGGGAGCUGAAAUCCAUAAGUCUUAAAGUUGCUGAGUUUGGAGACCCCUGAAAUAGACGAUCCCAUCCAUUUGGGGUUCUGACUACAUCCAGCAUCAUCCACUCAGUGGCUCCCAAUAGUUUGUCCAGGAUAUAAAUCUGGUUGUUUAUACAAGGUUUCCCAGCAGAGUUUUCCCCCCUCCCUUCAAUGUGUAAAUUAUAACACCACCACCACCACCCAUUUUCACCCUCUCCCCGUAUGAUUUAGGGUUUUUUUGCUUUGUUUGCUCGUGGUGUAGGGAUGAUUAAUGUACUUGGUUUCUGAUUACCUGCAUUUUGGACUGAUACUGUGCCUUGAAUAACUUUCAGGCUGCUAUAUCACAGUACAUUCUGGCCAAGCCUGCUUUGUAUCUCAUAGGAGCUGGAAGGGAUCCCAGUUCCAGAGUAGAAACCCAUGUCAGCCCCUCUGUUCACUGACAAGAACUUCUAUAUAAGAGGUUGUCUCAAGGGGCCAUUCUUUCGAGUGGGAAGUUCCUUUGAAAUGCCUGAAUAGUGGGUAAUGGAAAAAUCUAUUUCCUUUAUGGUUGACCAAGCUAAGAAGUGUAUCUAGAUCUCUUGUUUAUUAAACAGAAAGGAGACCGGGUGCUUCAAACAAAUCUCUACGGAUGUCAUUAGAAAUAUUGUGCAGUGGAUUUGUUUUUUGAACUCAGUUUCUUAGGUGGGUGGGAAGUAGAUUUCAUGAAAUUGUAAAGAACACACAGGCACAUCUUUGAGGUAGGGCCAAAGGGAACCCCCCCCCACUUCAAUAGCCUAAAAUAAAUGCCCGUAACUAAAGAACAGUUGCUGGCUGGGGAAUUCUGGGAGUGGAAGUCCACCCAUCUUGGCUGAAAAUUGCUAUUGUAGAAAGCUAACUGUUUGUUUUGGGGAGGGGUGAAAAAUGAGAAGGUGGAAUGAAAUGGAAUAUUCUAGAAGAGGGCAUGGAAAUAUUGGCUAGAUAGAAUUUCAAACACCAACUCUUAACAACCUAAUUUUUCAUAUUUCUGAGUCUUGUGUGGCCAUUAUAACUCUUAAGAUGUGCUGGUGGUUGAAUUAAGUUCUGACUUCUAGAUGUAUGUUUGUCACUGAGGAAAGUUGGUUAGGCAACCUCUGAAAAUAUGUUAUAAUAGCAGAAAAGCUGCAUUCAUGUCAGAACAAAGUAACAGAUUUGUCCAAUAGGGCACUCUCAAAUAUUUUAGGAUUAUAGCUACCAUUUUCAGCCAGGGUGGCCAUUGAUCCCUACAGAGGUAAUUUAUUUUCCUUGACAUUAUUUGUUCCCCACCCCCCUAUCAUUAUGUCCUUACCAUCAUCUUUCCUGAUUGAGAAACCUACAGUUUUAGCCAUAAUGUAUCUUGGAAGAUAAAAGCAACAGGCCAAUGCAUAGUGCUGUCAGUGUUGUGUGACUGCUAGGACAGGUCAUUGCAGUUUCUGUGUUCAUUUUUGCAGGUAGAUAUUUUUGCACACUCUAUUUUUUUGCAUGUGAUUAAAUGAUUGAAGAAAAAUAGUUUCCAGAAUUCUAAAUCAGGCUGUACAGUAUCCUAAGCAAUCAAUUACACUUCAGAGAAGACAUUGCAUAGAUUUUUUUUAUCCUUAUUUUGUGCUAUAAAGUUUAAAAAAUAUUAUUGUAUGUUGUAUGACAGGUAUAGUUUCAUGAUGGCAAGAAAAAUAGAAUUUGAAAUAGAAUUUGCAGUCUAUAGGCCAGCCUUGCUCAAUCCUAUAUCCUCUAAAUCAGAAGGACUGAAAUUUCCAUAAUUUGUCAUCGUGCCUGGCAAUUAAAGGAAUACAGCUUCAAACAAAUCUGUUUUAAGCUUUUAUUUUGAAUUGUCUGCGAUAAGCAGUUUGUGGAUUGUUGUCAGUAUUCAAGCCGCUCCUAUUUUUCUGCCAGCAUCUGAAUCUAUAGAAGGUAAAAAGUUAAGCAUAAAAAAAUCAAUAUAUUUUUAAUGAAGAAAAGCUUAUUUUCUACAACAUUCAUUUGGGUUGUAUUGAUGAGCUGUAAUCUCUUAACAAUUUGGUCUCUUCCUUCUUUUUCCGUUUUUGUGAUUCAUGUUACCAUAUUUGCUCCUUUGCUUUUGAGUAUUUAGUAAACUUGCUUUGUAAGUAUUCCUUGGACAUUUAUCAGAAUCAGGAAAUCAAACAAAAAGAAUUAAGUACUGUGCUUCAUUCUGUAUUUUUAUAUACAGAUUCAGAUCAUUUUGAGACAAAUAGGUUUUGCAGACCCUAUGUUGAAACUUAAUAUCAUUUAACUUCUAAUUGUAUAAAUAAGUUAAGUCCAUAUAUAUCCUUGUAUUUUUGGAGUGUGACACAAAUGAUUAUUACAGAAUGACUAAAUGUGCUACAGUAUUUCCAGGCGCAAGCUUUUAGAAAGCAAACAAAUUAUUUUUCUAUAAUCACAGAAUUUUAAUAUUGAAAUAAAGAAGUAAUGGGUAGGCAGGUCAGCGGCAUAUGUUCCCCAACGUGUUAUACAAUAAUGGCCAUAUAGGUGGCAGAUUAUAUAUAAAAUAUAUGUAUAUAUGGUG